AGUCCAGCCUUGACCUUUCCCCAUUAUACGUACCCAAAGGAGAGCAGAGACUCUUUACAAAUGCCUCCAAAACUGUAUCAUCCUCAACCGACUCACGCCGUCCCUAGUCCCAAUAUGCGAGCAGGUAGUCGGUACGAGCCGCAACCUGGAUUUCCUUCAGGAGCCUCCAUGUCCUCUCCAUACGACAAUCCCAACAUGGCUGCUGGCAUGGGCAUGCCUUCAACUGCGUCCUAUUUACCCAAUUCGGCUACUGCGCAAAUGGGAUUUCAGUUAGGUCGAAAUGCAGUAAGCGCUGGCCAUGAGUAUAUGGAACAGAAUUUCGGAAAGUGGCUCUCCACCACCCGACUCCAUCACUACUUCUCAGUAACCAACUCGUAUGUUGUAGCGAAACUGUUGCUCAUCAUUUUCCCCUGGCGCCGCAGGUCUUGGGCUCGUAAGCUGAAACGGUCAGAAAUGAAUGGUAGCGCUGAAGGAUACUGUGCUCCAGGAGAAGACCUGAACUCUCCAGACAUGUACAUUCCCUUAAUGGCAUUUGUUACGCAUCUUCUUUUGAUUUGUGCGCUUGCAGGUUUGCAGGAUAAAUUUCAACCUGAGCUUUUGGGUUUACGUGCUAGCAAAGCAUGUGGUAUCGUCUUGUUCGAGUUUUUGGCUACUCGCCUUGGAUGUUAUUUAUUAAAUAUUUCAAAUCAGAGUCAGGUCCUGGAUCUCUUGGCUUUCAGUGGGUACAAGUUUGUCGGCCUCAUAUUAACCUCCCUCAGCCGGAUAGCUAAUAUGCCCUGGCUUACAAGAUUUAUAUUUCUUUACAUGUACUUAGCUACGGCCUUUUUCCUUUUACGCUCGUUAAAAUAUGCCGUGCUGCCCGAAUCUACUAUGGCUAUUAAUGCCACCAUAACUUCCCAUCAACGGAGUCGACGGAUCUAUUUUCUCUUUUUCAUUGCUGCUUCCCAAAUCCUUUUUAUGUAUAUUUUAUUAUGAGGUUGCUUUUUCCCUUAUUGUUUCUCGGUUUUAUACUCUACUACUUGAAGCUCAAGUAAGCUUCCUCGGUGAAUGACUGGACAGUUCCUAUUUUCACUCUGUCGAUCCUUGAUGUAUGAUUAUUUUUGAUUUAUUUCUUUUUCUUUGUCAUGAAUGAACGGGUUUUAUAAUUCGCUCUUUGGUUAACUAGCUAAAGAUUCCUAACAACUCUCCAUGACUUCAUAUUCAAUAUUCCCUUUUUUUAUUAUUGCUCUAACGCACAGAAAUUAUGAUACCGAUUGUAUGAAAACUAUUCACUCUUUAUGAAUAGGAUAUAAAAUUUAGAUUGAAUACAUAGACAGACUUCAUGGAUCAAUGGAUGGGUGGCUGACUAGGGUUCCCUUUAUGAACAUUACCAAGGUUCUUAGAAAGCUUUGCUAUUAGUUUUCAUAUUGUCCACCGUGUUCUCUAGAGUAUGAACUUAGUUGCAAGCUCCUAUACGAUAUUUCCUACCGUCUACCUCGUUCUCUACAAUGUUCUUUUACGGGACAUAAAAUAAACAUAAUAAUAUUUUUUUCAUGUGACGGAGCCAUGAAUACAAAAUCUACACAAUUUUCACAUUGCAAGUUUACAUAGUAAGAGACAUGAUAGCGUUCACGACAUCGCUCUGCAAAAGCAUGGUUAGUAUAUUGGAAAAAGAAAUCAACUACGUUGAAGAUUUUCAAAAGAAGGCAGACGAAAGGUUUGAAGAGUUUCAAGACCUUCAAUUUCGACAUUCCACUCUUCCCUUUAUGGAGCACUUUAUUGCUACUUACGUUGUUUUCUUUCAAAGCUUUAACGGCCUUGGCACGGUUGACAUUGGCUUGAGCCACGACCAAUUCGACAUCCUUGGCGUCAACACCGGUUUCGUCAACGGGUUCUUCGGCUUCCUCAAUCUUAGCGGGCUCUUCCUUGGCAGGAGCAGGCUCUUCGGUAGCAGCACCCUCAGCACCCUCAGCACCAGACUUCUUUUGGUUCUCGCUGAAGGCACGAGCUUGAGCAGCCAUGUCUUCGACGGUGAUCUUACCGAGGACAACGAAAGCGUUGUUGCUGCUCUUGUAGACGAUAGGGUCGUUGACGAUCAACAGGAUAUUCUUAGGGCGGCGCAUAGCAACACGAGUGAUGCCUUCAACACGCUUAAGACCCAACUUUUGGAUCAACUUUUGGGCCUUUUCGGCAUGGACAACGGUGGUAGAACCAGCGGGAAGUUCAGAAACUUGUUCGACGGGUUGAGAUUCGACAGACAUUUUGCUUUACGUUUAUAAUCUACUUUUUGUUGUUGGAAAAGUUCGAGUUCUUGGCUGCCAAAUUUGGUGUUGAUCUACUUCGAACAUAUGUGACUGCCUUUUCCUAAUCCUUUCUCGUAUUCCACCAAAAUGUUAUAUCUGCUUGGCAAUAAAAAAGGGAUUCUUUCAAUU